AUGAAGAUCUCCAUCUUGCUCAAAUUAGUGACUGUUGGAAUCGCUGCAUCUGUGUCGGCGGCCCAGACGCUUCAGCUAAGUCGACUCUGCUUCGAAAUCGGGCAGGAGAUUGCCAUCAUAUUCCAAAAUGGGAGGAACCCAAGCAGCACAGACUGGAUUGGCUUGUACCCUCACGACGAUAUCAAUCCCACCGAAGAACCUCUCAUCUGGUACUGGACUUGUGGUAACCAGGACUGUGAUGUUGCCAUGGCUCGAGGAACGGUAAUGUUUUCGCAGAACGACCCCAUUGAAGGAUGGCCGCUAUCACCUGGAAGCUACCGGGCAGUUUUGGCCAAGGACGAUCCAAUGUUUUACAGAUUCAUUGACAUUAGCGUUGCUUUCCGAGUGGUGAACAGUUUGCAAGAAUGUCCCAACAAUGGUUUACUACCGGAGCCAACAAGAGCGCCCGUUUCAAUCUCACGCCAAACCGCGGUUCCUGUUUCUACAACAACCGUACCGGUACCUCCACUUGCUCCACAGCCGGCCAGCACUCUGCCUCCGAGCACAGCACCGACAACGAGAACAAGAAUGAGCGAAAUUAUUGCAUCGGCCAAAGCAGACAUUAUUGAAUUGAUCAAUGAAAAACCCGUCCUUCGAGCAUUGUAUCUCCGAAUGAUUUUUCAUGACUGCGUUGGGGGGACGGGAUGCGACGGCUGUAUCAAUACUGAAAAUCCCGAUAACGGUGGGUUGGGGUCUAGCAUGGGCAGCCUCCGAGAGAUUGAGCGCCGAUAUGGACCUGACUUGUCCAGGGCGGACAUCUGGGUGCUGGCUUCGUUUGUAGGGGUGGAACAAGCAAUGCCCGCUGAAGGGGAUGGAGAACGCAUUGACUUGCCCUUUCAUUUCUAUGGACGGGAAGACUGCGAUGAUAGAUUGGAUCGGGGUCCAGAUCCUCCCUUGUGCAGUCCCAACCUGGGCACCGAUGAAGUAUUGGAAUACUUUGCUCGGCACUUCGAUUUCGACGCUCGCGAAACUGGGGCAAUAAUGGGAGGUCAUACUAUAGGGGUUGCUCGAAGGAACAUUCUCGGUUUCGAUGGUCCCUUUGGAUGGGUACCGAACAAUACUAGGUUCGACAAUGAAUAUUAUCGAGAGCUGGUGGGAGAGGGACCCACUGAUCGUUUUCAAGUUGAAUGGGCUCCACAGUGGCGUCAGAUUGAAAUCAACAACACUGAACUCAACGGAACAGACGUGCCUAAUCGAUGGCAAUGGGAAGGUUUCCCGAAUGGUCGGAGAGUCGUCAUGCUCAACUCAGACGUUGCUCUAGUCAGGCAGCUAGACAGUGCCAACAUGGAGGAGUCCGGCUUUGUUUCUUGCAAAUUUGUCUCCAGAGCGCCCGGGGAAUCAGUCUGCCCGGCCUCCAGGAAUAUCAUAUUCAGCGAGAUGGUGCGAUAUCGAAACAACAAUACUGUGUUUCUCGAAGACUUCCGAGAUGCCAUGGUGAAAAUGACGAACGUGGGCUAUACUGUCGACGGGGGCAGCUGUGACGAGGAUGGGAUUUGUAGAUUGGUGAGACGAGCGCAAGCAAACUCGACUGGGAGUGCUUGA